AUGAGUCAACUAGCUGAACGGAAAGGCUUUAAAAUCGAAUCGACCUUGCCAGAGAAAAAGAAGAAAUCCAAAGAUAAAAAGUCCAAGCCAAAAGUUGCGGAUCAAAUUAAGAUUAUCGAUGAUGAUGCAUAUGUACCAUGGAACGCAACGCAUGAACCAGUUGCAAAAAUCGCUGAGGAAGAACCCGACCUAGUCGAUGAUGCUCCAGUUAUUGUUGGUAUCAUCGAUGAACGUCCACCUUCUCUUCAAGAAAAAGAACGAUUCAAAGAUAUGAAACGGUGGAAAACAUCAGCAUUUGACGAGGUGCCUGAACCCGGUAGUAUUGGACCUCAACCGAAACCACAAAAAUCUUCAUCCGCAUCGCGCCGAAAACAUAAAUCAUCUGAUGAUAGCGAUCCCGAACUCGAUCGUGGUUCUUCGAAGAAAAAUGAUGAUCCUGAUCUAUCGCCACCACGACGUAAAACUCAGCAAAAGAACGAUGACGAAGAUGAUCCUUCUCCUCCAAGAAGAAGAAGGCAGCAAUCAGAUGACGAUCCUAGUCCACCACGGCGCCGCAAUCUGUCACCUCCCCAAAGAAAACAACAAAAAGAUGAUAAUGAUCCUAGUCCACCUCGAAAACGUGAUCCAUCACCACCUCGACGUAAAAACAGAUUCGAUGACGAUCCUAGUCCACCACGGCGCCGCAAUCUGUCAUCUCCCCAAAGAAAACAACAAAAACAUGAUAAUGAUCCAUCACCGCCUCGACGUAAAAACAGAUUCGAUGACGAUCCUAGUCCACCACGACGCCGCGGCCCAUCGCCUCCUCGAAGAAAACAAUCCAAAGGCAAUGACGAUCCAAGCCCACCUCGACGUCAAAACAGAUUCGAUGGCGAAUCAAGCUCACCCAGAAAACGAGAUCCUUCUCCGCCGCGACGAAAGAACAGAUUCGAUGAUGACUCCAGUCCACCACGACGACGAGAUCGCUCUUCGCCACCUCAGCAAAGAAACGAUAGACAUUCACGACACGAGUCACCACCAAGCCAUCGUCGGGUUAAACAAGAAUCGCCUCCUCUACCCUCGCAACCUGCUAAGUCCGAACGAAGACGAUUAGCAGAACAUAAAGAACAAGUUUCUGAACGAUACGCACAAUGGGGUCGCGGUUUAGCUCAAGUUCAACAAACGGAAAACGCAGUUAAAGAUUAUUUAGAACAAGCAGAUAAACCAUUAGCACGUUAUCGUGAUGAUGAAAGUCUGGAUAAGUUGCUCAAAGAUCGAGAACGUGAAGACGAUCCAAUGCUCAAAUAUCUGACAAAAAAAGGUUCUGAUACAAAUGAUCGAUCAACAGGCGGUAAUGCUGCUCCACCAAAACCUCGCUAUCGAGGACCUGAACCGCAAAAAAAUAGAUUUGAUAUUUGGCCCGGUUACCGAUGGGAUGGUGUCGAUCGUUCGAAUGGUUAUGAAAAGAAACUCUUCGAAUCCAUUGCCAACCGACAUGCAAAAGCACAAGAAGCAUAUCUGUGGAGUGUAGAAGAUAUGUAA